UUUUUACUACUAAUAACGCCGCUACUUCAUCAUUACUAAUGACAAUGAUGCACAUUAGUGACUAGUAAUCGAUGGUAUUUUUGUGAUUGUUCCCAUGAUUCAUAUAGAAGGUAUGCCUGCCAGUCAGCACCCAUCUCUCCAACUCGACACUCACCUCUGAAUACCGUUUUUCUUGGUCAUUUUUAAGGCUUCUCUCUGCAUCAUACAAAAUGAUACACCCUACUAAAGAAGUUUCCAUUGCUGUCAUCGGUGCUGGCGGUGUUGGCUCAGUUUUCCUCCAGCAGCUCGCCUAUGUCGCCAGUCGGCGCCGCUCUCCCGAAAUAAGACUUGUCUAUGUCGCCAUAAUCAACAAAGCACUUUACCACGCCGAUUAUCAACACAUUGAGAUUGCCACAGCUCUUUCUGCACUGGAAGCUAAAGGAGGACCACUCCCCUCCAUCUCUCAAACUGUCGAGUACCUUUCUCGUGCACCUGGGAAGGUCAUUGUGGUGGAUAACACAAGCAGCCAGCAAAUCGCCGAGGCUUAUCCGCAGUUCCUUCGCCAUGGGUUCAGCGUAGUGACCCCCAAUAAGAAAGGCUUUUCUGGUAGCUGGAGUCUAUGGCAGGAGAUCUUUGAUGCAGAGGGCACCGAUGGCUCCAUGGUUUACCACGAAUGCUCAGUCGGUGCAGCGCUACCGAUCAUCGGGCCUUUGAAGCGACUUGUCGAGACCGGCGAUGAAAUCACACGCGUUGAGGGCGUUUUUAGCGGUACGAUGUCGUACCUCUUCAACAAUUUCGCUCCGACCCAGGGAAGUGGCGGCCAGUGGUCAGACGAAGUCAAAAAAGCGAAGGAAUUAGGUUACACCGAGCCUGACCCACGUGAUGACUUGAACGGCCUCGACGUCGCUCGAAAAGUUACCAUCGUCGCCCGCUUGGCUGGACUCGCCAUUGAGUCACCGACUUCUUUCCCAGUCCAGAGUCUGAUUCCCAAAGAGCUUGAGGGGGUCACAAGCGGCGAAGAGUUUCUCCAGAGGCUUUCCGAGUUCGAUGCUCAGAUGGAGGAACAUAAAGCAACGGCUGCCAAAGAAGGCAAAGUGGUUCGAUUUGUUGGCCAUGUUGAUGUGGCAUCGAACCAAGCCAAAGUUGGUCUAGAGUCUUUCGAGAAAUCCCACCCUAUCGCGUCGCUCAAGGGAAGCGACAAUAUCAUUAGCAUCUAUACUAAGCGAUAUGGUGAUCUGCCCUUGAUUGUUCAAGGUGCUGGUGCCGGUGCGGCUGUGACGGCUAUGGGCGUCUUGGGAGACGUGUUGAAGGUGCUGGAACGGAUUAGUUUCCAAUAUUUGUGGUGGGACGACUGGAUAAGUCGUAAAAUCUCGCAGGUUAUCGUAUCAAUCGCGCAUAUCAAGCGAUUGCAGUGGAAAAUAGAUCCACUCUGUCAGCCCCAUACUGUUCAACGUAAUCAUGCGCGCCCUUGGCUUGACAUUAGGGCGCAAGUGGCUCAGAUGAUAAUUGAACAAGAGAUUCGCGGUGACUUUAUAAGUACAACCCAGACAAUGGGGACCAACUUAACCCGCGGUGAGGCCGAUAAGUUUGUCCUUACAGCUGAGGCUUUGCACAAAGCUCUACCUAAAUUCCAUUUCUCAACCCAGGCAGUACACGCCGAUGACUUUGUCAGCCCUCACCGGGCCAUUGCCCCAGCGAUGCACCCCGCCGUGAACUAUCGAUAUACCCGUGAUCCGGAUCAGCUGGUCGAGAUGGAGAAUGACGAUCCCAAUGCACCUUUCGAUUCACACGUUUAUUCACGUUACACUGCCCCCAACUCGAACCGAUUCGAAAUUGUACUCAAAACUCUAUUUGGCCACAGCACCGUCUCUUAUGCUUCUGGACUUGCUGCUUUUAAUUCGAUGUUGAUCUUGGUGAACCCCAAGAAGAUCUUCAUUACCGACGGCUAUCAUGGCGUUCACGGCAUAAUCGACAUCAUGCACAAGCUCAACGGGCUUCAAAAGUUGUCGUUAGACGAUAUUGAUCAGGCUGGCCCAGGCGAUAUGAUCCACGUUGAAACACCGCUCAAUCCAACUGGUGAGGCGCGUAACCUUGCAUUCUUCAAGGAGAAGGCUCGCGCUGCAGGAGCCAUCUUGACUGUUGAUGCAACACUUGCCCCGCCCCCACUGCAAGAUCCUAUACAGCUGGGCGCAGAUUUAGUCAUGCAUAGCGGCACCAAGUAUAUAGGCGGUCACUCUGAUAUGCUGUGUGGUAUUGUUGUUAUUCACCCAGAUCGUGUCCAGGAGGGAUGGGAGAAGACACUGCGUGAGGAACGCCAGGUGUUAGGAAACGUCAUGGGCAGCCUGGAGGGCUGGUUGGGCAUUCGAUCACUGCGUACUCUAUUCCUCCGCGUCACACAGCAAUCUCGCAACGUUCAAGGUGUCGUUGCUUGGCUCCAUAAGGGCCUGGAGGAUCGAAACUCGGUUAUUGGCCGCACAAUCACGAAAGUGACGCAUAGUUCUAUCCAGAAGGACGCGCUGGAUGAGGGCUGGCUUCAGAAACAGAUGCCUGGUGGUCAUGGUUCUCUCUUCAGCAUUUGGCUUAAGAAUCUAGAAUUCGCUAAGCGUUUGCCGAGUAAACUAUACAUCUUCCAGCAUGCUGCCAGUCUAGGAGGCGUCGAGAGCUUGUGCGAAUGGCGUGCCAUGAGCAGCGAGGACGAAGAUCCGCUAUUGCUUAGAUUCAGUCUUGGUGUUGAGGAUCUGGAAGAUCUAAAAGCAGAUCUCUUACAGGGACUUGAGGCGCUUCUGGCUGAGGACAGCUGAGAUUUUGCGGUGGAUAAGGUAGCAUAGACUGAUUAAAAAGAAUAAGUCCAAGAUAUUGGUUUACCGCGGGAAGGGGACGGAGAAUAUGAUAGACUCGGCCAGAACGGUUCACAAGGUUGAACGAGGGAAGCCUUGAUAGCGGAAUCACCUGAACGAGUACUAAGACAAAGAAUGAAAACAAAC